UCGAUAUAAAUCGACACCUUCUAAAGCGGGAAUCGGCGGCGUCAAGUUACUAGUAACUCACGAACAUUAGUUUACGUUAGACUGUAGUCAAAAUUGUUUUGUGUAUAUUCGUUAUCGUGUAGUUAUGCUUUUGAUAACACAAUAAUAUAUAUUUAUUUAUUCAAAAAUACGUAAUUUAGAUAUAUACUUCUUCAAACAAAAACACACAUCGUUUAUUAUUCACUAUGUCUACGAAAUCUCAAAACGCCGAAGCGGAAUUAGACAGUUUUUUACCGCAAGAUAAUUCUAAUACUAACGGAAUAACAAAAUAUAAACUUUCUUCUACGGGUGAUGUGGAAUCAAAUCACGCGGUUUUCGAUCCGUUCAAAGCCAGACAACUUGCUCACCCUGUAUCUAAUUGCGAUACUCUCACUCAUCUUUUAAAAGCUUCCUUAGGAACCGGAAUAUUAUCCAUGCCGGCGGCUUUUAAAGCUUCCGGUUUAGGCAUGGGGAUUUUUUUAACGAUCGUAGUAUCGGUCAUUUGUACACAUUGUUCAUAUAUUUUGGUUACGAGUGCUCACGAAUUAUAUAAAAAAACGAGACGCACCCAAAUGAGUUUCGGGGACGUGGCAGAAGAAUCCUGUCUAAGAGGUCCUGCAUGGGGUAAAAAAUUCGCGCCUUACGCUAGACAAAUAAUACAAAUCGGUCUUCUUGUAACGUAUUUUAUGACGUGUAGUUGUUACACUGUGAUAAUGGCGAACAAUUUCAACUACGUCGUCAACCAUUACAUAGGUUACGAAAUAGAAGUUCGAAAAACUAUAGCGAUUUUAUUGGUGCCGUUAAUAUUUUUGGUAUACGUACCGAAUUUGAAAUACCUGGCGCCGUUUUCGAUGGCCGCGAACGGUUUCAUGGCCGUCAGUUUAGGCAUAACUUUCUAUUAUUUGGUCAUAAAUUUGAAAGAAAUAAAUUCCGUACCGAUGGUAGCCCCGAUCAGUACCAUGCCGAUAUUUUUCAGCAUCACCAUAUUCGCCAUCGAAGCUAUCGGCGUGAUAAUGCCGUUGGAAAACAACAUGGGAUCCCCGCAAUCUUUCGUAGGAUUAUGCGGUGUUUUGAAUCAAGGUAUGAGCGGAGUUACCCUCGUAUAUAUCUUGAUAGGAUUCUUCGGGUAUUUGGCAUUCGGCGAUAACGUCGCAGGCGCGGUUACGUUAAAUCUCCCGAAAAACGCUUACGCCGCUCAAGCCGUCAAUAUAUUAGUGGGGGGAGCGGUGUUUUGUACGUUCGGGCUGCAAUUUUACGUGUGCAUCGACAUCAUGUGGAAUUUCAUCAAAGAUCGUUACGCUAAACGACAACAACUCGCCAAUUACGUAAUGCGUACCGUAAUGACGUUUCUUUGCGUUACGUUAGCGAUAGCGGUACCGACGAUCGUGCCGUUCGUUUCUUUGAUCGGGGCUUUUUGUUUUUCGAUAUUAGGUCUGGCGGUACCGAUCGUCAUCGAAAUGUUGACGUUUUGGGAUAAGGGAUUCGGAAAAUUCAAUUGGAAAAUUUAUAAAAAUAUCGUUGUAGUUGUAGUGGCCGUUAUGGCGCUCAUUUUCGGCUCUAAAUCUGCCAUCGAAGAUAUAAUCGAAAUGUAUUCGAGUAAUGCUUUAUUGAAUAAUGAUACUUUGUAUAAUUCGACGUCGGUUUCUUCCAUAAACGCCUCAUCGAUUCUAAUCGAAACUACGACGGAUUUAUCGUUGAAUUCGACUGCGUGAAAAUGGGAAAAUUCGCUAAAAAAAUGUGAUUUUUUUUUUAUAAAAUUUUGUAUCAUCCUGUAUAUAUAUUCCUUUCGAAGAAAUAUUUUAUCGAAUUGGCAUUUGAAAGCAAAAUUAGAAAGAAAUUUAUCAAUUUUCAGGGGGCGAUUUAUAAAAACUGGAAAAUCAUUUUUUCUGUGAUUUUAGAUAAAAAAAAAAUCGAGUUUUAACCUUUUUUCUGUGAUUUUUGUUAUCCAAUUUAUAUGUAUAUGUACCGAGUAGUAUUUUAUAUAUAUUUUUUUGGUAUUUAUUAAUAUUUUAAAAAUUUUUCCGCGGCUUUUUCUUCGAUAUUUCCACAUUUAACAAAAUUAUAAAUAAAUCGAUCGACAUAUAUUUGAAACACCCUCGUAAUAUUGAUAACAUACUAAAUGAUCGAGAGAAAGCCGCAUCACCCUGUACGUAUUUAAAAUUAAUAUUAAGUAAUUUGUUACUUAUAUUCUUUACCAUUUAGUAUAAUUUUUUAUAAUUAUUAUAGAAGUUAAAUUUUUGGUCAUUUUUUAAAUUUAAAAAUUCUCAUUUUUUUCCUAUCGACCACUGAAACUAUCUCACAUCCCCCGUGGAUUCAUACUUUAUUUUCUUUCCCUUUUUUUUUUCACCGGCAAUUAAUAUUUAAACCUUUUUAACCCCAUUCCAUCUAUACUACAACAUUAAUUUAUAAUAUUUAUAUACUGCUCUACGUAAAAACAUUAUUUUGCAAACUGUGUCUCGAAAAUGAAAAAAGUUACUUUUUGUUAUAUUUUUUCAGUUAGUUAUCUUAUGCCCACGUAAAAUCUCCCUUAAAAUAAGGGAAUAAUAUUUUUAGAUGGCUUUCACCAAAGCUCCCUAUAAAAACUUUAAUGUAGUGUAGUUAAUUUACUUUAUACUUAAUAAAUAAAUUUUUUAUGUAAAA